AUGCCUGAGUUGGUAAGCUGUGUUUCCGCUCCUACCUGGGAUACGUCCGGACCAGAGACUCCAGUGCAACAAUUUUUUAAAAAAUAUGUUGAUACAGUUGAUUCCUAUGGCUUCAACCACGGAUCUGGCUUGCGGUUUUAUUCCAAAAACGUCAUUUUCCACAACCAGAACAACGCCCAGUACAAUGGUGGAGACGAGAUGUGGGCGUGGAUGAAGCGUCUUUUCGGACAAUUUGAAAGAAUGCGACACGACUUCCACAGCCUCUGGGAAGUCAAAAAUGAUGAUGGUACAACCACCAUCCUGACCCAGUGGACCCGCAAUAUCUGGCUUUCUGGAAACAACACCGAAGAGCCGACUGUCAGCGUCCCACUCAGCUGGAUCUCUAUUAUCGGCCCUGCUGACCUCGCCGAUGCUGUGGAUGGAUUGAAUUUCAGGGAGGUCUGGCUUUACUGGGAUACAGCUCUGCUCGCGAAGCAUCUCCCCAAGGAGGCUGUUGUUUUCCAAACGCAGAAUGUUCUACGCAAGGCAUAA